CAUCCAUCCAUCCAUCCAUCCAGAUAACCACCAUAACCACCUCCAUUUUCGAUCGAUCACUGCCUUCCCUUCCACUCCACACCUCUCUCUAUACAUACUUAACAGCGCCGGUGUGGCCAUGGCGACCAAACGGAGCCACCGCCGCUCUGCUCUGCUUGCAUAUAUGCUGCAGCUGCUCCUCCAUCCAAUCUCUCUCUCUCGCUCUGUCUAUCAUCAUACUCUUUCUAGCUAGCUAAGCUACUGUGCAGUACGCUGUAUGAUGACACCGAUCGCUGAGCUGCAGCCCAGCAGCAACCAGGAGCUGGGAGCACACACCGCUGCUGCUGCUUCUGCAGCGGGCCAUGGCAACCCGGUUCUUGCUGCAGGUGCAACUCGAAAUGAGGAAGCCACGACGGAGAAGACGAAGACCAGCACCGAUCAGGAGGAGAGCCAGGCGGCGAGGCGCCACUUUCUGGCGGGGAUCAGGAAGCUCAUCAAGAGCUUCAAGAGCCUGUCCCACAUCUUCGAGAUAUACAAGGAGGACGAUGACGACGACAAUGACGAGGAGGACAUGAACAUAGAGAUUGGGUUCCCCACAGAUGUGCAGCAUGUGGCACACAUUGGGCUGGAUGGGUCCUGCAGCAGCAUCUCAAGCCUGAGCGGCCUGCAGGAGGAGGCAAGGGAGCUGCUCUCCAUGUCCAGCCUCACCAUGGAGCAGUUUGAGUUUGCCAUGGCCUCACUGGCUGCUCACAAGGGCCAGAAUGUGGUUGUAGAUAGAGUUGCCCGCAAUUAGUUUAAUUAUUACUAGGGUGGCAUAUAUAUGCAUAUAGUUGUUGUGAUCAUGGGCUUGUGCUGUAAUUUCUCUCUUGGUUUUCUUUUUUCUGCUAUUAUUUUUGCUCUCUUUGAUCUGUUCAUGCCCUGUGCCACUCUAAUUGGAGUUCAAGAGAAUUUUUGCUUGCGCAUGUUGGUGUUGUGAAAUAGGUUCUUUUUUUUUUCAGACUGGCCGAUGAUGUGUUUGCAUAUACCGAUAUACGCAGCGAAAUUUGUCGCACCGUAUGUAUUGAAUAAGGAAAAUAGAUGACAAUAGACAGAAGAAACGACAAAAAAGAAAAGAAAAAAAACAUGUACGCGUGUGAAUUUUACUUCACAAGGG